AUGUCCGGUGCAGAGGCAGUGGACUGGGAAGUUAGUGAGAAGAAGCUGCACAUAUGUCGUCUUUCAAGAGGCUGCGGGGUCAGUCCCCGAGUAACCAUGAAUUUCCUCCUCUUUACCUGCCUUUUGGCUGUGGCUCUGGCAAAGCAUGAGCUAAAGCAGCUCUCCUCCAGCGAGGAAUCUGCCAUCCUCUCUGAAGAAAAAUAUAGGCAGGACAAUAAUGUGGUCAUCCAAACCAAUCAGGAAUCUGCCACCAGUUCAUCUAGUCAGGAAACUGGUGAUGUCCCUACUGACACAAUUGAGCUGACUGAGGAAGAAAAGGUCUACCUCAAUCAACUGAGCAAAAUCAACCAGUUUUAUCAGGCAUGGAAUCUUCCCCAGUAUCUUGAGGCUUAUCAUCAACAGCACAGUGUUAGGAACCCAUGGAAUCACAUUAAGACAAAUGGCUAUCAUCUAUUUCCCCUUCUGGAAAAAGAGUACCUGUCCUCCAGUGAGGUGAGGGGCUUUCCUGUGAGGACAGAAACAUGGCAUCCAGAAACAGAGAUUAAGGUCUGUACAAGACAGUCUUGA